AUGCUCAUCAACACUGCAAACAAUCCUGACACCUCCUCGAACGCCAACACCACCACCGCCGACACCAGCGGUGAAGACCAGGAUUACACUUGCCCUCACUGCGACCGCACCUUCACCUCAAACAUCAGCCUGGUCGUUCACUUGCGAAUCCAUGGCACAGUGACCGGCAAACCAGUGCCUAGAGCACCAACCUACACCCCCCCGCACCAGCCUCCACUGCCCACACUGCCCUCUCACAUUCAUGCACCGCAUGGGUCUAUUCGGCCACAUGCGCAUUCACGAAAACCUGCGGUAGAGAACCACCGGCUGCACUACACCACCACAUUCCUUCUUACCGCCGUGUCACCGCUCAUUAACAUCACCCACCGCAAGCACCCAACUGCCACCUCCCACUCAAUUGGGAGGUGUGCAUCUCGACUCGGUUUCUAUGCGGCUCCUGUUGCAUGGAUGACCCGAGCCUGA